UUUCCCAGAUCCGGAGCGAAUCUGAUUCCACUCCCAAUAAUACCCUUUUGGCGGCUGAUCCUCCAUUUUCCAACUCUUUUUGGUGCCGGGAAGGAGUUUCCAACUCCGAUCUCCUGGAUCUGGAGCGGUCUUGGCUCUGAACUCCUGGAUCCAGAGUGAAUCUGAUUCCACUCCCAAUAAUGCCCUUUUGAUCCUCCAUUUUCCAACUCUUUUUGGUGCCGGGAAGGAGUUUCCAACUCCGAUCUCUCCGCUCUGGAGCGGUUUUGCUCCGAUCUCCCGGAUCCGGAGCGGUUGCGUCUCUUCUGGCUUUGAUCACCCCAAUCCGGAACAUUCUCAGCUCAGCUCCGCACCCGUCUCCUUCUUCAUUUCCGCCUCUUCCCCUCCUUUUCCGGCCUCGCUUCCUCUUUUCCUCCCCAUAAACCCUUCGAUGCCGCCUCCUCGGUUCCGGCAAACGCGGCGGCACCGGCGCGGAGCCAGGUGAGCGACCGGGGUGGCGGCUGGUGGGCUUCCUCUCUUUUCCCUCAUGGAAUUCCACCCCUCUGGAAUGGGAGCUCCAUAACCUUUGGCUGAUCCCACACCUCUUGGGAUGGAUUUUCCAUCCCGAAGGUGAGCGGAGAGGUGGUUCCACUCUUCUUUGGCGUUGGCUGAUGGGUGGAGACACCAAAUCCCACCUUUAUCCCAUCUUCCCACGCUCCGGAUCGCUCCUCCGGCCAUCGGAGCAUUUGGAACCUUCCCAGGGUUGGGUUUCCUUCUCCAUCGGCGUUUUCCCACCCACCCUCUCGGGGCUGGAGAUGGUUUGGACCAACUCUGUGUCCAAAUCCAUGAGUUUUGAGAGCUGAUACGCAAUCCUCCGGCUUCGAGAAGGUGGAAAUGCCGGAGAAGCCGUGGGAGAAGCCGCUCCGUUGGGGUUUCUCCAUCCAGUUUCUUGCAGAGCUCCGUGAGGAAGUUGGGAAACGCCGAUUUCCUCUGUGGUCGGAGCAGCGUUGGGGGGUUUGCGCCACGCGGUGUCGGUGAGGAACAUCUCACCAGGCUUUCGGUGGAGGUGCCGCGGCUUUGCCGGGACGGACGAGGUUCCCAACUGCUGGAGGACGAACGUCUUGAUGGCCAACGACACCUUCAACUAUUCCUAUUGGGAGGACUACUCCCUGGACGACCUCGCUGGCUACGCGGUCCCUCCGCGCUACCGCGCCAUCUUGGCCCUCUACGCCCUCAUCUUCCUUUUGGGCCUUUUGGGGAACGGCGCCGUCAUUUGGGUGACGGCCUUUGAGCUGCGGCGCACGGUCAACGGCGUUUGGUUCCUCAACCUCUCGGUCGCCGAUCUGCUGUGCUGUUUGGCGCUGCCCUUCCUGGCUUUGCCGUUGGCCCGUGACCACCAUUGGCCCUUGGGUGCCUUCGCCUGUAAGCUCGUGCCGUCCCUCACCAUCCUCAACAUGUUUGCCAGCGUCUUCCUCUUGAUGGCCGUCAGCGCCGACCGUUGCGCCUUAGUGACGCGUCCGGUGUGGUGUCAAAACCACCGGACGUUGCCGUUGGUGCGCGGCGUUUGCGCGGCUGCUUGGUUCCUGGCCGGGCUCCUCACCCUUCCGUCUUUCAUCUUCCGAACGGUCCGUUCGGAUAUCUUCUCCGAGAAAACCACUUGCGUUUUGGACUACACAUCCGUUGGGCGGCACCAGCGCCUCACCGAGCUCGUGACGGCCGUCACGCGCUUCGUUUGUGGCUUCUUGGUGCCUUUUCUGGUCAUCACGGCUUGUUACGGUCUUCUCCUGGCUCGCGUCCACAGCAAAGGCUUCACGCGCUCCCGGAAAGCCAUCAAAGUCAUCUUGGUGGUCAUCAUCAGCUUCUUCGCCUGUUGGUUGCCGUACCACGUGGUGGGGUUGAUCUUGGCCUCCACCCAACCUCACAGCUCCUUCUUCAAAGGCGCUUUGGAAGCGGAUCCCAUCGUCGCCGGCGUCGCGUACAUCAACAGUUGCAUCAACCCCAUCAUCUACGUGGUUAUGGGUCAAGACUUCAAGGACAAAUUCCGGCAUUCCUGGAGAGCCGUCUUGCGAGGGGUACUGAGCGAUGACCCCACCAGCACCGGGGGGGACAGCAGGAUGAAGACCAAGUCCACCGUGGAUGACCAAAGCAUCAGCACCAUUGUGUGAGCGGGAACGUGGUGGUGGUGGUGGCUCCGGAGUUGUGUUUCUGGGAGCCACCACCUUCUUCUCCUCUCCUGGGGGGGUCCUUCUGGGCUUUGUGGAGAGCAGGAGAUGCCACCAUCGCCCUCGUUCUCUACCAUAUGUGGUGAUUGGUUGGCAAGAGUUGAAUGCUCACCUCCCCGUGGGGACCACCGGCAGUUUCGGGACCUUCUCCCCGAUGCCAUCCCACCUUCUCCAACUCAAGCCGGGACCCUCUCCAGCUCUUCCCCUUCUUGGUGGCUCUACAUCUCCAACGUCCCGCCCCAUAGCUCCACCUUUCAGCCCCAGAACCUCCUCCCAGCCCCACGUUUCCACCACCCGAUGAAGAUGAACCCACCUCCAAGCUAAACCCUUCUCUGUCACCCCACGCCCUCCGCUCUGCCCCACGGAUGGGGCUCUGGUUGCCCUUCGCUGUCCCCGUGACCUCAUCGCAGCCGCCUCCGCCGUCGCCAAUAAACGUGGAAGUUCCCUCGAGGCUCUUGAGCAAAGCUUUG